AUGUCUUCGCCAGUUCCAUUGGGGGCCAAAAUUGCCAAAAAUCGUCAACUAAAGCUAAUUGCCGCCCAAAGUCGUCAUUUGGCCGCACGUUUUGCUGGUAUUUUUGUUGCUGCAGAUGUUCGAACUACUCGUAUUAACAACCGACAUUUCGAAAGUACUGUAUACUAUUCUCUCAGUGAGUUGUGUACACUUCGUCUAGCUUCUGCUAUUGCAGAAAGUCCUAGAGAGGCAGUUGAGCGGGUGCAUGGAGUGGCUUUAUCGUUAUUAAAUACCACAUCAGAUCUGCGUCAUAUGCUACAAGCAGUAGACUCCAAUGUGUUUACUGAACUUAAUUCAACACUUCGUAGUAUGGACGCUAAAGCUGUAGUGCACCUCCUACGUAAACCUGAGGAUGUUGGGGUUAAUACAACGGAAACCUCAGAGUCAUUGAAAUUCUUAGCUACAGUGACAGCUGAAAUACCGUUAACAGAUAGUGAGGAUACUGAGAUACCGGAAAGUAGGAUGGAGGAUGGUAUAAGGAGUGGUGUUGCUAUAUCUCGUGGUAGUGGGAUAUGUCCGCGUGAUGCCAUUAAAAUGGGAUUUGCGUUGGCAUUAGCAGAACUAGAUGUGCAUGCAGUGAAUGAACUUCGUUGUAGGGAAAGUGAAGCAUGUUGCUUUUUGCAAAGUGUUCAUCGCGACGCAUACCGUCAGGAUCGAGGAGGUACUAUUUUAUCCGCUUUUCUCUCCAGUUCACUUAGUAACAGUAUGGAAGAAAAAUGGUGGCAACCACUUUUUACGGAGACGAAUGCUGUAAAAGUAGAAGUAUCAAAAGAUAAGAAGUCUAGUACGCUUACUGUUAAUGUUGUAGAUGCUGUUGAUAAUAAUAUGGAAUUACCACUUCCACUCUUUUUGCCUCCGUUGGCAUUUCAACGUAUCGUAGUAAGAAAUGAUAAUGGUAGUAUGCGAUUGAAUUAUGGAUCAGGACUCCUUUGGCCAGACUACUAUGUUGCUAGUACAGUCCUUAUACAGCUUUGUGCUCUCUUGAAUGCAUGUAUAACUGUUAGUGACAAACAUAGACCUAUAAUAUCAGAUGUAGCGUCUCUACAAGGUAUUUCUUUUCCAUUUAUUCGGAAUUUUUAUGAUAUACAUAACUUUUUACCAAUAUUUGUGUCACACUCAGUUGAGAGGGGUUUAUUUCUUCUUAAUAGCCUUGUUGCUUCUCACUGCGUGAAAUUGGCUGAAAGUGAAGGUACUGUUGAAAGAGAUAUACCUCUCAUAAACCUGGAGUUUGUAUCAUCUAAAGUGAAAGGAUCGAUACAGGAUUUUAGUGCAAAACUUAAAUUAAUUCAAUCAAAAGAUAAUAUAACUUCUAAAACCUACUUUAAUUUCGUUGACCAUGUGGUAUCUCUAGCGAACAAGACACCGCUACAGCGGAGAGGAGAUGGUCAUCAUCGGGGAAAUGAUAAUAUUAAGCAAGUUUUGCUGGUAAAUAUUUGGAAUCGUCUCGCUAAAGCUUCUUUAACGGUUACAAAUAAUAACCGAUUUUAUCAGGAGAUUUUUACAUGGUCUCCACCUGCCUUAUUAUACAAUAAGGAUCAUGAAAAAGAGGGAAAACAAUUCAUUAGUUGCCUAGGUCAACUCUUUUCUACAGACGCACAGGUGAUGGAGUUAUCAUCUACUGGAGGGAGUCUUCCCAAUAUGCUAACACUCACAUCCACUUCAUUAGGUGUAAAGGAACUACCGCUGUGUCACAUUUUAGGAGAAAUACAAGAAUCAUGUAAAUCUCUCUUUUAUGAAAUGCCAUCACAAACAUUAUCAGUAAUAGAGGAUGAAACGAGUAUUAACCCACAGCGAUCUGUAUUGUAUGCUGCACAAGAACGGGAGAAGGAACAAUCAUCUUAUUACUGUCCUGAUAUUGUUCUUAUGAUUCAGGAAAUGCGGCAAAAACUACACUUAUCACAGAAAUCUUUUCCCACAUUAGAGUUCUUUCAGAGGGCCACACACAACGUCCCACAACGGCUGCAGGAACUCGCCAUGGGUCAUUACGGUGAUGUACCUGUUUAUACCCGUGUGGUGGCACACUGGGGCCCUAAUCUCCGUGUAGAAGCAGAAUGUGACCCAAAGAAUGUGGAUAAUGUAUGUGGAUUCUUUGAUCUUGAUAAUAGUCAGAUACCAGAGUCACAACAUUUGAAAGGACCAUUACGAGUCCUUUUGACUGUUGUGUGUAGGUUGUAUAAUCGUGUGUUUCCAAACCGUACCUCUUUUCCACUAAUUCCCCUUAAUUUACCUAAUAAACGCCGUGCGAUUGAUUUCCUCUUGUAUUCAUGGUUUAUGGCUUCACCACAGAUUCGUUGUUUUGAAAUCGACACACGUGCGGCGCGAUUAAAAGCAGUUGAAGAGGCCAAAACACGUGGUUCUCCAGAGGUUGCGGAGAAAAUUUUAUUGAAUUCUGUUGAUAACUACAUUAUACGUGCAAUGCUCUUUUAUGACUUUUGUGGACAACGAGUUCUUUUUGCUGAAACACAUGCAUCUACCGUACGAGAUGCCAUCAUACGUGUGAAUAAACUUGCAGUUUCACUUAACAUUCCUUCGCAGGACUCUUUUUCAUUUCGACCUCAAGUACGACGAAACACUCGUGGCUUCAAAUCCCCAAAUUGGGAUUUUGAAUCAGAAGUGUCUAUGCUUUUGGGAGGAUUAGAGGAUGUAACUCACUCACAAGCCCGUGUAUGUUUUGUAGGUGUAGAGAACUUGACAUUAUCUUCAUCUGUAGAGGGAAUCAUUGAAGUUCAAGUACUAUCUCAUAAGAUUCGAUUUCCCAGUGCUGUUACAAAGGAGCGUGGUAUAAUUCCAUCUCUUAUACUUGCCUGUCGAAAGGCAUUGCGAUACGCUGGAAGUCUCUCCAUGGGAACUGGUAGCACUACUAUUACUACAAGUACUAUUACUUCUGAGGGAGAUACAUUAACAGAGGCAAAGUUACGUUCUGCUGCAAAUGCCACACUAUUGUUUCCACGUGAUGAUUUUCCUCUCUACUCUUCACGUUUCUACACUCCUGCAAACCUGUUAGGUGAAGUUUUGCAAGGAGUGUCAAGUAAGUACUAUUGCCAAUACACCGUAGACACUCACACUCGCGAAGUUGUUUGUCUGCUGUACGUGGUAGCACUGGCAGGUCACAAAAACGCUGCAUCCGAGUCUGUCUCAUUUCCACUUGGUGUUGGUCGUGGAUGGAAUAAUAAGACUGCAUGGAAUGCAGCAGCUUUGAAUGCAUUGCAGACGAACUUUCCAGAUGUUCUCCGUCAGGUAGAACGACACAAAGGUAUCUGUGAACUAUUGCGUCGUCCUGAUAUAUUGGCAGGUUUAAAUUGUCAUGAAGGUUUUACAAUUAUGGUAAAACAGAAUUCGAGUCUUGACAAUGUUGGUAGUGAUGAUGGUUUUUAUUGUACUGUGGUUCCUAGGAAAACGACAACAGAUGACGAUAAGAAUCUAAAUGAUGCAGUAACGAAAAGCCUUGUUGUGUAUCAUGCUUAUUCUGCAGUAGAAGCCUACAUUGGUGCUGCUGAUGCGUUACUGGAUCUUAUAAAGAAACCAAAGGUGCAAUAUGAGGAAGAAGGUACAGGUAGUGUUGCUUUUACCCAGUGGGAUCCUACUGUUAACUACGGUAAGAGCGUAUGGCAUGCUUGCUGUGGGGCAUUAGGUGUCGCUUUUGCUGGUAAAGUUUUUCUGAGAUUUGAAGGUGGUAGAGAAUAUGAUAAAAUUCCUGAUAGUGAGCGAAGCAUGCAAGUGCAGCUUGUAGUUCGCACAUGGACUCCUAUUGAUAAUCGUGCAGUGGAUACAUCUUUGUUUUUCUUGCAUGAGGGACGUAUUCGUGGUUAUAGCGGUCUCAUUGGGUCUAUUAACGAGAAUGGACAAUCGGGGGAACAAUUACUUUUUGCAUCGACCCGGUUACUUGCAGAAGCCAUUGGAAAAUAUACAGAUCAUCAUACGAGACGUGAACUUCGUCAAGUUCUCAAACUAUUACAAAGAUUAAAUGAGGAUGAACAACACUGUGGUCGUCUUAACGUGAAACGGCGAUUGGAGUCAUGUGUUGAAUUAACACUUGGAUGUCAAUGCCGUGUAGUCGUUCGACAGGCUUCUACAGGUGUAAAAUCAGUAGCAGAAAUAGGUAUUUGGCUCCCAGGAAGAUCAAAAAAUACACGAGUGCCUAUUGUGCUUUCUGUCUACAGUGCAGACAGUACGGAUCAGGCUUUGUUGGGUCUGGAGAACAAUAUAAAAAGGAUAAUAGAACCACUUUGGGCUACUAUGAUUCAGUCAUGUGCAGUAUAA